AUGCAUCUCAAAGCGGUGAUUCUUGUCGCUGGCUGCCUUGCAGCGGAAGGCCUUGUUGUUGCAGCUCCUGGUAAAGAUCCCGGCAUCUUCUUAAAAAUUGACUCGCUUGGUCUCAAUUCUAAUGCUAUAUCAGUGAAGCGCUCCGAAGCCGACACUGAGGCCGCCCUGGGUAACUACAAAGUCUUCAGCAGCUACGAAGACGCGAAGGAGAAGCGCUCCGAAGCCGACACUGAGGCCGCCCUGGGUAACUACAAAGUCUUCAGCAGCUACGAAGACGCGAAGGAGAAGCGCUCCGAAGCCGACACUGAGGCCGCCCUGGGUAACUACAAAGUCUUCAGCAACUACGAACAGAAAGAGAAGCGCGUCUAG